AUGACGCCCACUCAACAUGCACCGAAAUCGCUCGCUGAACUUAAAGAGCUUUUGAAAGGCGAUAUUAAAGUGAAAGUUGCCGGCAUCGAUGUGGAUGGCGUUCUUCGGGGCAAGUUCAUGUCAAAGGAGAAGUUUCUCAGUGCGGCUUCCUCGGACGGGUUUGGGUUCUGCAGUGUAAUUUUUGGCUGGGACAUCCACGACUCGGUCUACUCACGGGAGCUGCUCAUAUCCAACAAAGCGAAUGGAUACAGAGACAUCUUGGCCUCCAUUGAUCUUUCUACAUACCGCCGCAUUCCUUGGGAGAACAAUGUCCCCUUCUUCUUGGUCUCUUUCCUGGAUCCAGACACCAAAGAGCCUCUGAUAGUUGACCCGCGAGGGCUAAUGCGAAUCACUACUGAACGAGCUAUCGCGCUGGAUAGUCUCAUGUUAGUGCAGUACUUCAACUUCCAAGAAACCCCACAAAGUGUCGCGGAGAAGAAAUUUACAGACUUGACACCCUUAACUCCCGGAAUGCACGGGUACUCUCUUCUCCGCACACAGCUCAACAACGACUAUUUCCAUGAUCUCUUUGACGAGAGUGCGCGGUUUGAUGUGCAACUCGAAGGGCAUCAUACGGAAACUGGACCUGGAGUUUUGGAAACGGCGCUAGCUUAUACUUCCGCGCUGCGGAUGGCCGACAACGCGAUUCUUUUCAAGUACCUUGCCAAGAGUAUAGGGAUGAAGCGAGGAAUUAUUCCCAGUUUUAUGGCCAAGCCUUGGGGAAAUCUUCCGGGUUGUAGUGGCCAUAUCCACGUCUCCUUACGCGACAAAUCGGGGCGAAAUGUGUUUGCCGUGUCCGACUCGGAGCUCGAGGGUGGUCGCAGUGAUGCGGCAUACGAAGACACCAGAUUCGUGAGCGCUGAAGGCGAAUCAUUCCUUGCUGGGGUAUUGGACGGAAUCGCAGAUGGUAAUCAUGCCACUCGCGAGUUGAUUCUCGUCCCGACCAUAAACGGAUAUAAACGGCUCGUGGGUGGAGAAGCGUUCUGGGCACCGAAUGCGAUCACAUAUGGGUACGAUUCGCGUGCAGCGUCCAUCCGAAUUAUUGCUCCUCCCUCUGUCCCCCCGGCAGCAACUCGGCUUGAGAUUCGGGUGCCUGGUGCUGAUAUGAACCCCUAUUUCGCAUUGAGCGCGGUUUUUCUGUUGGGACUGCGGGGAAUCGAGAAGAAGCUGAAGCUGGACACACCACCGAUCAGUCACUUCACACCGGAGGACAAGAAGUCGGGGAAGGUCAGGAUGUUACCGACUUCUUUGGAGGCGGCAACUGCCCGGAUGAUGCGAGCUGAUAGUAUUGCUCGGGAGGCUCAGAUGCUUGGCGACGUCUUUGUGGAACAUUAUGGCGGUACACGGGAACAUGAAGUCAAACUAUGGAACGAGGCCGUUACAAAUUGGGAAGUGGAACGGUAUCUUGAAUUGGCAUAG